UCCGCCUCUUCGGCCACGCCCCCUUUUUCCCCUUCCUGCCUCGUUGGUCACAGACGCGAUCGUGGCAGGGAAGGCCGAAGGACAGGAAGGAUAUAAAAAGGGCAGCGCUGUUUAUCCAGGGAAUGUAAACAGUGCCAGCCCAAUCACCAACAGGUGUUCACGACGCGUGGGAAUGUGGAUCAACGUUCUCACUGUAAUAUGAAACCGACAAUUUAUCAGUGACGAACUAAAAACAAAAACUAAUAAGACUGAGAAACAGGUCCGAGCAACAGGUGAUUUUCAACGUUCACUUCCUCAAAAACUAAGCCCUGCAAAUUAUUAAAGGCCUUCGCAAUGGGAUCCUUCAUCGGCCACGCUGUCCCGGGCACUUUCUUCUUCUUCUUCGGGAUGUGGUUCACGUACCGGAUGUUCCAGCGGUAUUUCCUGUGCCAGGUGGCGGCAGCGGGGGGGGAGAAGUGCUGCAGCAGAUACCAAAACAUCUCGUCCUUCACGUGCCCUGGGUGCCCUGGCCUCCCCCUCGAGGGCGUCCUCAAGAUCAUCGCCGUCGUCGUCGGCAUGACUGGUGAAUUCGCCACUGCCUUCGACGAGGGCAGAUUCACGCACAUCGGGAACGCGCAACACAUGACCAUGUUCUUCUUCUUCGGUCUGAACGGAGUCAUGGACGUUCUCACGCACUACCGCAUCCCCGUGCCGCCCGACAUGGACUACGUGUCUGCCGUUCUGGCCUUCAGCAUGGAGGCGCUGCUCUUCUACUACCACCUGCAUGGCCGCAGUCACAUGGACGUGCAGGUCCAUAUGCUGCUGUUCUACGUCGUGUUGGCCUGCGCGGUGUCCACAGCCUUGGAGAUGUGCUACAAGAACAACGUCUUGCCGGCUCUCUGUCGGAGCUACUUCACGCUUCUGCAGGGCACUUGGUUCUACCAGAUCGGGUUCAUCCUGUACUCUCCGUGGGGCCCGACGUGGGACCAGGAGGACCACGGCCAGAUGAUGGUAGUGACGAUGCUCUUCACAUGGCACAAUGCCACCAUCUUCGUCAUCAUGGCCCUGGCUGGCUCGCUCAUCUACCUGCGGGUGAAGGCGAAGGGGCCCGCGGCCAUGUAUCACGGUCUCCACGGGCCUCUGCGGAUGCCUAAGAUGGAUGCUGAGCAGAUCAAGAAUAUGAUAGUCGAUUCGGAAGAGGAAGAAGUCUAAAAUUGUCAAUUUAUUUAUUUUUAUUUUUUCCUGGUUGUAGAUAUAAGUUAUCAUUUAUUGGUCUUUUAAUUCCCAGGGAUUGGUAUAAGGUGUGGCUGAGAUUAGGUGAAGAAGAGGAUGACAAAAGCAUAAAUGGAAUGGCGAAGCGGACGGUAUAUCAGAUUAAUUUUACCUAGAUUUAAGAUAGAGAGGGUGAGUGGAGUAUUUUCCUCAACUAAAGCGAAAUAUCUGCGUGUCCUUUCGAUUUUGCAUGAAUGGAGGCCAUGCUAGAUUGAUUGGAAACUAAAUUUACGAGACUUCUUCAAGUCUUUUUAUAAUAUAGUUAAAAAGAAAAUCUAACUACACGAAAAGGAAUUUUAUCCUUAUUCCAGUUUGCAGAGAAACAUUUGUGUAAUAUUUCUGUGUUCUUUAUAAUAAUGUAUUGAUUCUCUGAGGAGCUGAUGAAAACUGUAGAAGGGAUGAUGGUAGAAACUAUAAGUAACAAUAUACUGUCUUGGAAGAUCAAAUGUAACGAUAUUAAGAAAACCCGGGAUAUGAAACAACUGCACCAGUUGUUUACAAACAUGCCGAUAUCGGCUCGAACCUCAGAUUUAGAUUAUAAUAAUCUUUAUGUGUCAAAGAUGUUCUGAUGCACCUCUGGUUCCCGUCGCACCUGGCAUCCCCCUUGUACUCUGUAUAAUAAGGAAAAGUGCAUUGG